AAGAUUACAAAGACUAAAAAAUGUUUGUGGAUUGACUCUGUGGAUUGAAUUUGGAUUUAAUAUGGUACUCUAAAUCUCUUGAUAUCUUACAUUCAUUACUCUCCCCUAACAAGAAAAAUCUACAAAAACUUUUAUAUUAAAAUAAAAACUCUCUUACGGUCUAGAACUCGUCAAUGAUCAGAACAUUGCAUAACAUUCUAUGAAUCAACCUUUUUUUCAACUGCAAAACAAGCAUGUUGUAAUGCAUUUAAAUAGUAAAAAAAUCAAAGUUUGCCUUGGGUGUAAGCUUAUAUAACAAUCAUCACGAAUACAUCACACAUAAAGGAGGCUAAAUGUAGAAGACUGAAGAGUGACCUCAGAGGAGCGGGAUCCCAGAGAUCAGUGUAGAAUCUGCUCCCCUGCUGUGCUAAUAUUACAACUGAUCCAGGGACAGACAACUGUAUCGAGUCCACUUAUCCCACGAGACAUGAUUUCUCAGCUCUGUAUGUGUGAGGAGGGCCUGCUGGGAGGUGGAUGGGGGCAUAAGUAAUGGAGAGUUAUUAUGUGUUCUUUGCAAAGAGCACAUUGGGCCUGCAUGUCACUGUGGGUACUGCUUUACUUUAAUUCAAUUCAAUUUUAUUUAUAUAGUGCUUUUCACAAUGUGCAUUGUUCCAAAGCAGCUUUACAGGAGCAAAUAAGAAAAUCACAGAAAGGUAAAACACAGCACAGUGCAUGGUGUUUAUAGACCAAGCAAGAUCAUUCUAAUAAAUAAUAUCUAAUAAAUAAAUGAAUAAAUAAAUGCAGUCUCCCAGUGAGCAAGCCAUCACUGCACUGCUGUGAUGACGAACCCAAACUCCAAUGAUGAAUAAAUGGAGUAAAAAAAACCUGGGAGAAACCAGGCUCAGCCGGGAGGGCCAGAUCUCCUCUGACGUGUCAUAGCUGCACUCAGUGACCCCGACCAAAAGCCACCGAGCAAAUGUCCACGAAGAACAGGGAGAGCCCACGAGCCGCGACCCAGGAAGCCCCACCCGCCGAAACCGUGCAGGUCCAACCCAGUCCCAUUCCGCGAUCAACAACAGAGGAACAACCAGGGAAAAAUAGUAAUGGCAUAAUUAACUUUAUUCCUCUGUUGUCCGACAUCGACCACAAAACAAGACCAACCAGACCAGACCCACACAGUCCCAACAAAUGAAACGCCCCAAACCACAACCAACAAGCCCCCUCACUCCCCACAAACACCCACCCAGCAACCUCCAAUCAAAGUCACUGAGUGCAGCUAUAACUUCAAACUGCUGUCAUGUGAUGUAAGUUUAGCAUUAAAUACCAAGUAUUGUAAAUUUAGCAUUAAUGUGACAAGUAGCCCGUCUUUGCUCUUGGUUGGGUAUGGAAUUGUCUGAGCUGGGCUGGUCAGAUGGUCGCUUUUCUCUUGGGUGGUGAUGGAAUUGCUUUUGAUGGAGCUGGGAUGGUCAGUCAGUCCGCAGGCUCUCGCAGGAGGAUGGCACGGGAUUUUAAGAUGUAGCUGGCGUAAUCUCUAGUUGGGGAUGGGCAUAUGACGUUCAUCUGGGCCUGGCGGAAUCUCUCCCUACCUCGGGAUGGGCAUCCCGAGGCGAGGGCAGAAAGAGAAUAAUUAGCAUAGCUGCUGUUCACUUUACUUCCCUCUAUUCAUCUACUUAAUUAGUCUCUGCUGUUGCUUGCUCUUUUAACAUUACAUUAAUGCAUUUGACAGAUGCUUUUAUCCAAAUCUUCGAGUGCAUUUGGGGUACAUACUGUAUAUAGUUGACCAAUAUAGGCUUUAAACCAUGACCUUGGUGUGAUGGGAAGGUAUAUUGGCUAUAACUCUACACAGAGGUCAGUAAGCAAUUUUAUUGCACAUUUUAGCCCCAUUCACUUUAAAGGGGGCGUGAAUUAAAACCACAAUUUUAACCCGAGCUUUUGUUAUAUAAGAGGGAAUCGUAUUCACGCGAACAUCAUGUAAGUGUCAGAACUAAAAACGCCCUUGUUACUGAGAUUUCAUCUGUUAUUGACACCAGGCCGAGCGAACGGCAGGUUCUGGAAUGCACCAUAUCUAUGACGACAUUGAUAGGUUGAACACAGCCUCCAAAAGAAAAAAUAUCAACCACUACUUCUAUAGCCCUGCCCACUGGUUCGCGCAUGACAGAACAGAACACAAGUGGUGCGGAACCAGAUAGCUAGCAAGCAAUAAACAAACAUGUCGUUAAAGAUAGCUAAAGAUUGUGCCAUCCCUGGUUGUGGAAGAACACAGUCGCUGCAUAACCUUCCUUCGGAUUCCGAUAUUAGGUUUAUUUUUAUAUAAGUAUAUUUUUAAAGACGUUCCAGCUCACGUGGGAAAACAUGGAGCGUUUCUUCGUUUCAUUUCUCCGAGGAUUCCUUCGUGAACAAGGCACAGAUCGAAUUAAAAAGCAAAAAAAGUGCUGUCAGUGCCAUCAAUAUUGGAUCCGAUAGGAAUGGCGCAGCAAUCUUAUGUGAGUAAAACAUAUUUGUCACUAUUGCUUUGUUAGAGAUCGCUUGAUAUGCCCUGAUAGUAUUACCUGGGGAGCUCUAGUCAUUUGUAAUAAUUGUAAUCGUCAUCUCUGUGAUUUGGCAGGCUCAUAUAUAAUUUUUCAUGGUUUUAUCCACCGUUUGUGAAUAAUGGAGGCUGUUUUGAAGUGUUUUGGUAUUAUUUCGGGUGCUGGGUCCUAUCCAUAAGUUACCGGGAGUCUCACGUUUGUUUAUUUAUCAUGGAAACUCUCGUAACAUUUGAGACCCGCGAUCGUGGUGAUCUUUUGUCUGGUUCGGGAUCACUGGUCUCAAAUGCUGACAGGUACGGUCAUACAGUAUAUCAUUAAACGCAAUACAAGUGUAGGCUAUACAAACUAUACUCAAAGCCUUGCCAUCACAUCCGGGAAAUAAGUCUGACUAUCUAUUAUCUAUCUAUUGUUUUUUAUUCAAAGAAGCUCCCUUUUGUUUAUGUCUUGUCCUCUCCAAUAUGGCAGCAUUGUUGAACCCAUAACAGCAACAGGCCAAAGCCUUCAAUGCGGUGUCUAUUUAUGUCUGUGACUGCAUGUACCCUUUGUUAACAGACUUCUGAAAUGGUUCUUUGUGACGAGAGAAAUCAUAAAAAAUGGUAUCCUUUUCCCAAAGUGCCCGGCGACGGCACAAAAACACAGUUUUAAAUUUGACCAAAAUGUGCUUGAAAAGUCCUUGAAAGUCCUUGAAUUUGGUGUUGAUGAAAGUGUGGGAACCCUGUGAAAAGGUCAGCGGUUAAAACCGCUUAGGUGUUAGAAAUGUAAAGGGUGUGAAGCCUUCCCCAUGUAUAUGUUUGUAAAUGGGGGGAAACAGAUGUCAACUGCCAUAAACUCGAGAUGCUAUCUCCAGGGUGGUUAAAGGUGUUGUUUCCAUAGUAUUCUGUGUUUUGUUUAGGUAAGAAAUAUAUGGCAGGAUGUGUGGUGCCCAAAUAAGGGAUGUAUAUCCUGGCACAUGACUCCUUUGUACGGAGACCCUAUAAAAGGGGAACUCAGAUGUUGAACGAGGCCGAACCUCGUGGUGAAGACUUUUCGAUGUUGCUUUAUGUUAAGUUUGUAUGAUUACUUCUGAUGAUUUGUUAUUAAACCGAAGCCAUUCAUUAUGGUGAUGCGAUCUACCUCUUUUAACAAGUCUCUGUGUGAAGUGAUUACAAAUAUAAUUAUUGGUUCAACCUGAAUGAAAAUCCAACGAUCUAGCCCAGUGACCGAACUUCUGAGUUCAACCGGACACCGCCCCGUAGGACGACUCCUGACAGCGCACGCCAUCUGUAGAAAGCUUGCGUGGACCUCGAAGGACUCUAUCUGUAAAUCAAAGCCAUGGGGAAGGAUUACUAUAAGAUCCUAGGCAUUCCGUCAGGCUCUAAUGAAGAUGAAAUCAAAAAGGCCUACAGGAAAAUGGCACUGAAGUUUCAUCCAGACAAAAACAAGGAUCCUAACGCUGAAGAGAAGUUCAAGGAGAUAGCUGAGGCUUAUGAGGUUCUGAGUGACCCAAAGAAGAGAGUCAUUUAUGACCAAUACGGGGAGGAUGGUUUGAAAACAGGUGGGACAGGCUCCUCAAGUGGCCAAGGGACUACGUAUCACUACACCUUCCACGGAGACCCACAUGCCACCUUUGCUUCUUUCUUUGGAGGCUCCAACCCUUUUGAUAUUUUCUUUGGCCCUGGGCGUCAGCGAGGAAACACAAAUGGCUUUACAGAUCACGCCGAUCAUGACAUGGACAUUGACAUGGAUGGAGACGACGAUCCAUUCAGUUCCUUCAGCCACUUUGGCUUCAACGGCAUCAACGGUUUUCAUCAUGGUGGAGGUCGAAGGCAUCGUACAGAGCCUUUGCAUGGUGGCAGGAGGAAAGUACAGGACCCUCCGGUGGUACACGAGCUUAAAGUGUCCCUGGAGGAGAUCUUCCACGGAUGUACCAAGAGGAUGCGAAUCACUCGGCGACGACUGAACCCAGACAGAAGGACAAUGAGAACAGAGGACAAGAUCCUUAACAUUGUCAUUAAGAGAGGUUGGAAGGAGGGGACCAAGAUCACUUUUCCCAAAGAGAGUGAUGAGACGCCGGAGAACAUUCCUGCUGAUAUUGCAUUUGUGCUUAAAGACAAGGGCCACCCACUUUUCAAAAGAGAUGGCUCCAACAUGAUUUACACAGUCAAGAUCAGUCUUAAGGAGGCGUUAUGUGGCUGCACAGUGAACAUUCCCACCAUUGACAACCGAAUGAUCACAUUGCCCUGCAGCGAUAUCAUCAAACCAGGUACAGUGAAGAGACUGCGUGGAGAAGGUCUGCCUUUCCCAAAAAACCCAUCACAGCGCGGGGAUUUAAUAGUGGAGUUCCAGGUGCGGUUCCCAGACAGAAUACCACCCCAGUCCAGAGAGAUCAUCAAACAGCAUCUACCCCAGUCUUAGAUGAAAUUCUGUGGAUUCCCUUCAAUACUCACUCCCUCUGUCCCCCAAAAUGAUGACACUGAAUUCGAAAAGUGUCUAAUAUGUCAAAACGGACCAGGAGCUGAUUUGAUACUUUGUUACACUUUUAAUUUAUUAUAAUGUUCUCUGAAAAAGUGGAACAGCGACUUAAAGUGGUUUGUUAAGCUGUGGCCAGCAGCUUUUAUCCAGGACAUUUUUUUAUUUUUAGGAAUAAUCACAUUGUUUCCUUUCUGUUGAAAGCAAAAGGAUACAAGAAAGACAAAAUGACUCAUUUGUUGGGUGAAAGGUUGAUAUUUUUGGCUCUGUGUUUGGGAUGGACAAUCCAACGAUCACAUGUUAUUUAUUCUGGAUUUGGAUCUUCAUUGUUUUGUAGCUGAUUAAAGUCCUUUCCAUUGUAAUAUCUAUAAACUCAUUGAAGUAUGUAAAUUAAAAACUAAAGUGUUGUUUUGGGGAUACAUGAGCACCAGCAUAGCAUAACUUGUUUGAUAACUACUACUUGAUAGAUUUCCUCUCCCUGACCCACCUCAGCAGUCUACAGGUGCUUUUUUAGUCACUUUUGUAGUACCAGGUGCUGCCAUUUUCUCAAAGAUUUUGAGAUCACAGAAAUGUUGAGUGCCUUAAUGUGGCUCAAAUCAACCUCUUAAUUUCAUUAAGUUGUAAUGUUACAAGUGUGUAGUAUUACAACUCAAACUGUAAUGAGAUUUUUUUAUUGCUUUUAGGUUCCCCUCAAUAAUGUAAUGUAGUAGCCAUCUUUAUGGGGAUAAUUGACCCCAAAAUACAAAAAUCUGUCAUUUGCUGUUAUUUCUUAUGGCUCUGUAAACAUGAUGAUGUUUUAGCCUCAAAUGUCUAGACAAUUUUUUCAUACUUUGUACUGAAAAGGUACUGUAACAUCAGAGUUGUUCACAUGACUCCAGUCUUCAGGCCCUCUCUUGAAGCCAUACAAUAUCUGUGUGUGGACCGAAAUUAAAAUUGUUAUUCAAGAUAUUGAGGACUUCGUGUCUCACAUUUCACAAAACUCUUAGAGAGAGAGAGAGAGCACACUUGACUCAGCAUAAGCAGAAUAUAGUUGUCAUAUUUUGCCCCAAAUUUGUCUCAAAUGGUACAAAUUGUAUUGUGUUUCUUCUAGAUAACUAAAAGAACUCUGUAUCAACCUUCUUCAGUGCCACUGUAUGAUCAGGUCUGUUCCUCCAGCAAUGCUAUUGUAUGUCUUAAGAAGACUUGAAAUAUUAAUAUAUUUAUAUCUAUAUUACAUACAGUAUUAAUAUAAAUCAUGUCAUAUGGGCUACUUUUUCAGUACUUUUGUUUACCUUCUGAAAUGUUACAGCAGCCACAAUGAGUAUUCAGCAGAAUUGUUUUUUUUUUAGAUUAACUUCCUUUGAAUAGCUAUUAAAGAAGCUCUCAAAUUUGCAUACACACCACCCCAUGUCAGAGAACGCAACAGUAGAGAGAAUGGUCUUUGCUGUUGAAUAAGCACAGCUACAAUUAUCAAUUGUUUUAUAAACGUGUAACAAAGGACUGAUUUACAGUUUCAUAAUUUCCAGCUUUUUAAAUACGACACUUUCAAUAUACUGUAUUUACACUUAGUCUCUUGUAUUUUAGUGGCAAAUACUCAUAUUUCAGUAGAUUUGUGAUGUACUAUUCUGUUUGAAAAACAAAUUUUUCUAUGGAUAAACUGUAAUUUGCCUUUUCCAAGGAGGCACCCGGGUAUCGCCUAUACAAUCACAACUGAUUCCCUAAACAUUGAAAUUUUAUCAUUACUGUGUUUGCCAAAAAGUCUCAAGUAGGGGAAAGGUGUUUUUAUGACAUUGGGCUGAUUUGUUAUGUCCUUGAUUCUUAUACCAUUGUACACACAGGGCUUUUAAAGGUUUGGGCACUUUUGUUUGAAUAAGAAUGUCAGAUUUGAAAUGUCUCAUUUUUGUCACUGUCCAUCAUGUGUACUGUAUGAGAAAGUAUUGAAUCCAGCUCAGUCCCCACAGUAAGGAUAAAGUGAUGCCGAAAGCAAACAGUGUGUUAGUUUAUUGUGAUUCUAACACUUCUGUGCUGACAAUGGAAUACAUUGUAUGAAUGCCAUUGGAAUCUUCCAUGUAACAGUAUAUUUUUAGGGUCUUUAUAAAAAGUUUACAAGAAUGAGAAAUAAACCAAAUAUCUUGACAAAAAAAAGAUAAUAAGGCGUGUUGUGUUUCAGGCUGAACAAAAUAUCGACCUCACACUGUCAGCUGUAAAAAAAAGG